GAGUGUAAAAAGACCGGGUCCCGCUGUGUUACUCGGGCUGCACUACAGCGUCUAUUCACAGGCGCGAUCCCACUAAUGAGCGGCACGGGGGCUUUGACCUGCUCCGUCUCCGACCUGGCCGGUGCACCCCUCCUCAGAGAGUGGUCCCCCCCAGGAGAACCGUAGUCCGCCGCAGCUGAGAGUGCCGACGUGGGUGAUGACGACAGGACAUUAGAUAUUUUUGGUGGUUUGGCAUAAUUGAAAUGUGAAAUUAGCAUAACUGUUUACCAGCACGAGUACAUUAGCACGAACCAUUAGCAUAACUGUUUACCAACACGAGGACAUUAGCAUAACCGUUUACCAGCACGUGCAGGGGGAUAACAGGCUUUUUGCUCUUUCUUGGACAAGUAAAAUGAUGAAGUUAAACUGUGUUGACCUUGACGGAUGUCUGGAGGAGUUCACUCACCUCGAACGGAAAAUUACAGCGGUUAAUGGCAAAAACAACAUGUUGGAGAUUAUGCUGGAGGACACCAAUAGACUCAUGAAAUUCUAUCUGACCAAGGAGAAAGGUCUCAUCGAGGAGAGAGACAGUCUUCUCGUCACUGUGAACAGACUGCAGCAGACUCUGCAGGAGCAGUGCAACCUCAGAAUUGAGAAUGAGAGACUGAAGAACGAUAUGGUGGACGUGAAACAGCAGAAUGAGAGAACAGCAAAGGAUGGAGUGGCUGAGCUGCAGCGCCUCGUCGGUGAAAUGAGGGCAGAAGGAGAGAGGCACAAGAGGGAGCUAGAGACUGUCAGGCAGCAGUGCAGAAGAGAGGUGGAGGACGCCCGCAGGGAGGGUUUCCAUCAGCUGGAGGCUAAAGAUGCAGAAGUAAAGACUCUGCUGGAGAAAAGUGAUCUGGAUGUGGAGGAGCUAAAGAAGAGGCUGAAGGACCAUGAGAGGGAGAGGCGGAGCGAGCUCCUGAAGUUACAGAUGGAGUUUGGUGCGAAGUUAGCCAGAGUUCAGAGUACAGCUCAGUGGAGCCAGCAGCAGCAGCAGCAGCAGCAACACGGCUCCAACCUUCUUCCCCAGAGUGUCUACAAGAGGAAGCUGCAGUUCUUCCAGGAGGAGAAGAACAAGGAGAUUGUGGCUCUGCGUCAGAGAAUCAAAGAGCUGGAAGAGAACCAGCGUGCUGGCGGCUUCAGUGAUAGCUGUCUCAAGAAGAGAAAGAUCUAAUUUGUUUAGAGGCGGCUCGGCUCUACAUGUGCAAGAAUCCCCUGACUUUCCAGAAGGGCAGAAGUGGCUAAAGUGUUGCUCAGAGUUGCGUAUUUUACAGACCACUUAUUUAACGAUACUGUUUCUUGUCCACCGUCACACUCGCAGGUUCACUGCCCUGCUUGCAGGUGACCAGAGAGCACAUGUAAAGGCAGGCCACAUUCCUGUCUAAAGCUUUAAUCCAAUCAGACGCCUCCAUGGGAGGGAGGCAGGGGGGAGGCGGUGAAGCAGGAGGAGUGCACAUGUCUGGAUGGAUGAGUCCGCUGGAAGGCCUUUCGGAAAAUUAGAUCUGCUCAUCUCCUUUCAAAGAAAAAAUAAAUAAUUUGACUAUUUA